UUUCGAUGAUGGAAAUCUCCAUCUCCGUUUUCAGAUCAUCGUUGUUUGUAUUGUUUAUCUUUCACUUUUCAUCCACAGUUACUGCUAUCAGGAAGGAUAUUAGCUUUCAAAUCGUUCCUAUUUGUAAUAACACUGUUCAAGGAAGAUACCUUCUCUCAGAUGACAACGGUUAUGUAUGCAAUGCUCUCUCUGUUAAUUCACAGUCUCGUUGUUGUCCUCAGACUGGGGAGAAAUUCUCUUGUCAUGGAUGCAAUCUUCUUUCACAGUGUUGCAAAUCUUACGAAUAUUGUGUUUCGUGCUGCCUCAAUCCUGCACUGACAAGUAAGAAACAAGUGCUCAACAUGAAGAUUGCCAAACCAGCUUCUGCAAGGGCUUAUGCAAGUGUUUUUGAGUACUGUGCUGGGAGAUGCCGUCAUAGUUCUGAGAGUGUGGUUCAUGAAAAUGCAUAUCUUAGUGACUUCCACCACUGCUUUUCUCUGGCAUCAAAUUCUUCUGCAGAGACAAAUAGUACCAUCACUGAAGCAAGACUUAAUGGCAUCAAUGUUGUUGUUGGGAGGCAAGGUGAAUCAUGUAAUACAGUUUGCAAAUUAAGAGGACAAUCAUGUGUCUCAAAUAAACUUGUGGUGCUAAAUCAUUGUGACAUUAUUCAGAAAUAUAUGAGCUGCAGGGGAGCUUGCUUCGCAAGUGUAGGAACAGAUCAACCUGCUGAAGUUGUUCAUGAUGCCCCUAAGCAUAUGAAUCCAGGAUCAUGUUUAUACACUCAAACACAAUCUAUACUUUCUUGUGAUGGUUUACAUCAGCAUACAAGGAGACUGUGCCCCUGUGCAUAGUAUUUGCCUGUUUGCAAUUGAAAAGAAAAAGAAUUCCGUGGAACUAAGGUCAAGUAUGGCGCAAUCUCUCUGGUAAUGCUGAGUUCGGUGACUAAUUUCCUUGAGGUGGGAAAGUAUCCAAUUUGUGUUGCAAAACACACUUUGUUUUUGUUACAUCUGAUGUAUUAGAUUUCGUAAUACUAGAAGGGUUGGUGUCGAAGGAGGCAAUUAUUGUUUUGAUGCUACGGAGAAGGAGGCAACUCGUGUAAAUCAUCAACCCUGGGAAAUUAUAGAUCUCAUCAUUUGCCUUUAUGUUGUAAAAUUUAGUUGAUUGAUCAUUCCUCACAAAAUUUUGAAAGAAGACUCCUUUAGGUUGUAUUUGGAAGUUUUAGAGAGAAUGAGAAAACAUA